CUUCGGCAUUGUACAUUAAAAUUCAUUGGCGGUUUUAGUCCUCAUUUGCACGAACGGACCAUAACAACUCCAUUUCUUGCACAAAUUCUUCAUCUGUGACUCACUUUCGAAUCAAAUUUACCCGAGUGUGACAUACUAGAAAAGCGAAGUGCCGGCUUUGUGCCUCCUCCUUAUUUACCAGUUCGAUGACGUAUACCGGAUGAAUUAUAGCCGAAAGAUAAGAUUUUCCAAUAUAAGUGCAUUGUUCCAACAGCGAGGACCAUGGACAAGCCCCGAGUUUUAAUCCUGGGAGGUUGUGGCUUUAUCGGGCGCAAUUUGGUCGCUUUUCUCGUAAAAAAUGAUCUCGUAAGUGCAAUAAGAGUCGUCGAUAAGGUUCCCCCUCAAGUGGCGUGGCUUAACGAAGAAUGUCACAAGUACUUCCAAAACCCCAUCGUUGAUUUCAAAAGUGCUAAUCUUAUUAAUCCCGAAUCUUGUAAAAGUGCAUUUAGUUGCGACUCAACUUGGGAUUAUGUCGUCAAUUGUGCCGGCGAGACAAAAUUAGGCCAAACGGAUCCAGUCUAUGAAGAGGGGAUUUUAAAACUGAGCCUCAAUUGUGCUAAAGAGGCCGCGAGACAAAAUGUGAAACACUACAUCGAGUUGUCUUCGGGAAAAAUGAACUCUUCUGAUAAAGUGCCUCAUAAAGAAGAUGCCAAUGUUGAACCUUGGUCUUUCAUAGGAAAGUGGAAAUACAAGGUUGAAAAACAGUUAACUGAUAUUCCAAAUUUGAAAUAUACGAUUUUACGCCUAGCUACGGUUUACGGUGUUGGGGACCGAAUGGGGCUGACCCCCAGACUUAUUGUUGCUUCCAUUUAUAAGUAUUUAGGCGAAACGAUGAAACUACUGUGGAAUUCCGAUCUCAAAAUUAAUACAGUGCAUGUUUUAGAUGUUUGCAGAGCCAUUUGGUUUAUCUGCACCCGAGAUGAUACUAUAGGACAGGUUUAUAAUGUUGUGGAUGAAGCUGAUUCGACUCAAGGCUCGAUAUGCAACAUUCUCUCCGAUCUAUUUAACAUUAAAGUCGAUUUUUGUGGCAAUAUUGUUUCGGCCGUUGUUGACCUUGAAAGCGCCGCUGACGAUGCAAAUGAUAAACAUUUAGUGCCUUGGGCUGAAGUCUGUCGACAGGACAAUAUACAAAACACGCCUUUGACCCCACAUAUGGACCCGGAAUUACUCCUAUGCAAGCAUUUGAGACUUGAUGGAUCGAAGUUGAAGAAUUUAGGAUUUAAGUUGGAUGUUCCUCAACCGACUGUUGAUAAUGUUAAGGAAAUUUUCGAUGAUUAUGUUAGGAUGAAAGUGUUUCCAGUUUUGCUGGCACCUUAAUUUUGUACUUAUCGCUUUUUUGCAUUCCAAUUAUGUGAUUUUUACGGUUCUAGUUAUGAAAUAAUAAGGGACUGAAAUUGUCAAUUAAAAUUGCUCAAAUUGUUACGAUUUAUAAAUUGCAUUUUGCUUAUAA